AAUUAGGUCUAUAAAAAUAGAAGCCAUUAAUGAAGUGCUCACAGAAGACUAGUGUCUUCACCUCACCGGCCUCAGCUACCUUCUCCAAGUGCUCCACUUACACCAGAAGGACAAGGACAGACUCCAAGUCCACAUCACUUCCAGAGCUGGAGUGACAAGAACCUUGGCAGGUAGCGCAUGCCCCAUCACUGAAAGAAUCCAAGCAAGACUGCCAUGGAAGAAAAUGAAUACGCAGGAUACUGGGAGCCUCCCAGGAAGCGUUGCUGCUGUGCAAGACGGGGGACACAGCUCGUGCUGGUGGGGCUGCUGAGCACAGCGAUGUGGGCUGGCCUGCUGGCCCUGCUUCUUCUAUGGCACUGGGAAACGGAGAAGAAUCUAAAACAGCUGGGAGACACUGCAAUCCAGAAUGUCUCUCAUGUUACCAAGGACUUGCAAAAAUACCAGAGUAAUCAAUUGGCCCAGAAGUCCCAGGCUGUUCAGAUGUCACAAAAUUUACAAGAGCUCCAAGCUGAACAGAAGCAAAUGAAAACUCAAGACUCUCAGCUCUCCCAGGACCUGAAUGAACUCCAAGAGGAUCUAAUCAACGUCAGAUCCCAGAACUCUGAACUCUCCCACAACCUGAACAGACUCCAAGAGGAUGUAGUCAACAUCAAAUCCCUGGGCUUGAAUGAGAAGCGCACAGCCUCAGAUUCUCUGGAGAAACUCCAGGAAGAAGUGGCAAAGCUGUGGAUAGAGAUACUGAUAUCAAAGGGAACUGCAUGCAACAUAUGUCCCAAGGACUGGCUCCAUUUCGAACAGAAGUGCUACUAUUUUGGCAAGGGCUCCAAGCAGUGGAUCCAGGCCAGGUUCACCUGCAGUGACCUGGAAGGGCGGCUAGUCAGCAUCCACAGCCAAAAGGAGCAGGACUUCCUGACACAACACAUCAACAAGAAAGAUUCCUGGAUUGGCCUCCAGGAUCUCAAUAUGGAGGGAGAUUUUGUAUGGAUGGAUGGGAGCCCUGUGGGUUAUAGCAACUGGAAUCCAGGGGAGCCCAACAACGGGGGCCAGGGUGAGGACUGUGUGAUGAUGCGGGGAUCUGGCCAGUGGAAUGACGCCUUCUGCCGCAGCUACCUGGAUGCCUGGGUUUGUGAGCAGCUAGCAACAUGUGAGCUAUCUGCCCCCUUAGCCUCUGUAACUCCAACAGGACCCACCCCAAGAAAUGAACCCUGACAAACUUCUACUCACCCUCUUCUGGAUUUCUCCUCUACCUUUAUCAUGGAAACAGCCGGGCCUUGAGGAUACCCCUGUCAAGGCCUGAGCACCUCUCUGUGACUGAAGGCUAUGAUUAUGUUCCCACCUCAUACUGAAGCAGCUGGUGGAUGCCAGCUCCUGCCAGCUACCUAGAAAGCCUCUACUGCACUCCCGCUAAGCUGACCAUCCCAUUCUGUCUGCCCUCCUCAACCCUGGGCACCAGCCAUGCAAGCUGGCAUGCAUGUGGGCAGUUGAAUUAAUCAGGGAGCUGCUGAGAACAAAGAUUCCCAAGGAGGAUUCUUCUGCAGUCCCCACCUCCUAACCUACCAAGUUCCACACUUCCUCCCACUCUGCAUCAGAGAACAGGAUCUGGAAGUGAGUCCUCCCAUCAAGUUUGCAUCAUUGACAUUGGAUCAUGGCUGGUCCUCCUACCCUCCUUGGAGGCUGCACCGGGUGUGCUCCUGGUGUGGGAAGUAUUGAAGGGACUCUCACCAGCUCCAGCAUGGCAAGCUUGGCUCUAGGAGGCCUGGCCCUUCUCUCCCAUCCCCUCUGCCUUGCUACAAGCUCUUAGGUUAACAGUCCUAAAUCUAGCCCCCAAGAUCUAUUCCCUUAGUUGGCCACUUCCUCCUCCUGAAGCUGACUACCAAGGUCCAGCUAUCCAAGUAUUGAAGUCCAGCAAUCAAAAGCCCCCUAAUUAACAUACCCAAUCAAAGUACACCAAUGCAUCAUAGCCCAGUCUAACAGACUGCCCUUUUUCUCUUCAUAAAAAUUAUACCUGCAGCCAAAAUUCAUUGGCUGCUGUUUUUCUGUCGGAGUCAGAAGGCAGACACUUAAUUUUUCUUCCCUGCUUAAUAAAGGAGCUCUCUGUGAAAA